UGUUCGCUUGGAGUCUGUGUUCUGUCCUCUCCCUAUAGCAUACAGGAGGAAAAUAUAGCCUGCGAGAUAUAAAACGCACUUGAAACAUGAAAUGUUGCUUGCGCCCUCUGUAUCCGUGGAUCUGUAGGGCAAGGAUGAAUAAUAGGCACUAUGAAUCAUUUUUCAUGACUGGAAAGCAGGUGAUGUAUUUCUGAGUGUGCAUUGAUUGACAAAGGAGUCUAUAUUCGGUGGUAGAAGUAGGGAAUAUACAAAUCAUGCGAGUAAUGUUAGAUAUUGAUAUAGCUUUAGUAGAUUGUACUACAAUCGAAAAGCUUUAAAGUUAUUUUAAGUCAGUGACGUGUCUGAGAAAGUGUCUGAUUUACUUAAGCGGGCUACUGAGUACACGAAGUUGGGGCAUCAUAUCUAAAGAAACACUAUCAUUGCUCGGAUUAUUUUCCGACAUCCUCACUGCUGCAAUUGUAGCGAUCUGAAUGAUGAGCUAUCGUUCUUUUGUUUCAUCUAAGCAUUUGUUUUGACAUCCUUGCCCCCCGACUUGUAAACCCUGCCCAGCGGAAGCUGGGGGAACCGAACAGAGGGCGGAGGUUUGGAAGGAAGAAUCGAGAGAUAUAGGGUAAAAGGAAGAGUGAGGUCUGCACGACAACUCCGUUUUUAUUGUUCUCGUCUACAUCCGUCAAAGGCACGGGCGUUUUCAGGUGCAUCGAAAGCUGAACGUAAUCAAUUCUGGAUUUCUUUAUCCGAUUCCUAUCGUCCGGCAUGAGGUUUAAGCGGAACGGCUCCUAUACAUUGAAUAGGAAGUCUAAGACGAAGCCCAAUGGGAAGAAGCCGCCAGCGGAAGAGAAGAAGCAGUAUCUGGAGGCGGAGUUCACUAAAGUACGCGUGGUCGACUUCGACCUCAAAGAGCUGGUGCUGCUGCCCAGGGAGAUAGACCUCAACGAAUGGCUCGCCAGCAACACGACGACCUUCUUCAAUCUAAUAAACCUGCAGUACAGCACCAUCUCAGAGUUCUGUACUGGGGACACCUGUCAAGCCAUGACGGCCUGCAACACAAUAUACUACUGGUAUGACGAGAGGGGGAAGAAGACAAAAUGCACUGCCCCUCAGUACGUCGACUUCGUCAUGAGUCUGGUGCAGAAGCUGGUCACAGAAGAGGAAAACUUCCCUACGAAAUAUGGCAAAGAGUUCCCCAACUCGUUUGACUCUUUGGUAAAGAAGAUUUGCCGGUACCUCUUCCACGUCCUGGCUCACCUCUACUGGGCUCAUUUUAAGGAGACAGUGGCCCUGGACCUGCAGGGUCACUUGAACACUCUGUACGCACAUUUCAUUGUUUUCGUAAGGGAAUUCAACCUGGUCGACCCCAAGGAGACCUGUAUCAUGGACGACCUGUCCGAAAUGCUCUGCGCCCCGGUGCCCCCCACCCCAGCACCCGCCGCCCCUUCCUCCCCUAACUCGGCCCCCUCCUCACACAACCACGUGACGGAGAGAUGAGCAGGGGGUGCCGUGACAAGCAGCCCCGGGAAGAAGACGGUAGAAGAUGAAGAUAGAGAAGAGAUGGAAACGUUCCUGGUCCCCUUCCUAGACCUCAGGCUCCAGCAGCAGGACUUAGAGACCUUCCACUAACCUGAUAUUUCACUGACACCAACCAGCCGGAAGGAAGGUUUAUUUGA